AUGAGCGGUGUCGACGACAUUCUGACGUACAAGCGCGACUCCAAGGAGGAUCUUUAUGCGCUGCUUAACUGCAGCGAAACCUCAACGGUCGACCAAAUCCAGGCCGAGUUUAAAAUACUCGCACUGCAGUACCAUCCGGACAAGAACGAUGGUGACAAGGAGUCGGAGGCAAAGUUCCAGCAGCUGAAGGAGGCGAAGGAGAUCCUGUGCGAUCCGGAGAAGCGUGCGAGCUACGACAAAUGGCGCAACAGUGGCAUCCAGAUCAGCUACAAAAACUGGCUCGGCAUGAAGGAGCACGUCCAGCAGAGCAUGCACUGGGCGAUCCCGAAAACGAAGGACCGGAUGCUGCCGGAGGGUGGCGCCACCGGUGGGGGCGCUGGUUCCGGUACCGGUUCGGGGCUGAGUGCCGCCCAACCGAACCCGGCCCAUCGGCGCGCCUCGGAGGGCGGUGCGGCCCUGUACUACGGUGGGCGGAAGGGUGAGUGGGGUUCUGAAAAUUCGAGCGAAGUCGUCAGCAAGUUCCGCAACUACGAGAUUUAA